AAUAUGUUUUUUAUUCUUCUUAGCUUAAGGCUUGUGCAUUUAACAUACUGAUACUGAGACUUCGAGCAUGACUAGUUUUCCUAUUUUUAGCAUCCAAUGACAGUACAUUACCCACUAAACCUGGACAGGUGUCCUGUGUGAAUUCUCCAUGACAAACGGCAUUUCAUAACCGGAGGAAUAAAUUCCAAGAUAUGCUUGAGACAAAAUAGUCAUGCGUACAAGAAGUCGGUACCUAUUUCUGCUAACAACAGCUGUUCUUCUCCUGUUGAUUUUGUUAUCAGAAAACUUAAAGCAACCUAAAAGAUCAAUGGCUACUGCAUUUAAUAGAAUUAUACCGAAAAUGAAAUUUGAAAAGAUCUCGGACCACAAUUCAGAAAAACUCCAUGCUGAUAGACCAAUGGCUACUGCAUUAAAAAAAAGUAGACCGAAAACAAGAUCAGAAAAGAUUUCAGACAACAGUUCAGUUGUUUAUGCUUCAUCCAAUUCGGAAUCAUGUGAGGACAAGUCACCUGAUUGUGCUUUCUACAAUAAUCACUUGAAGUUGUGCAACGAUAAAGAGGCAACCAGAAAGAUGGGCUGUUAUAAAACCUGUAAUUUAUGUGGUGGCAGCGAGUCGGUUUCAGAAAACACCGGCCCUGUUCCUGUACUCAUUAUCAGCUACAUGAGGAGCGGCUCAACUUUCACCGCUGGUGUCAUUGCAAGCUAUCCGUCAUCAUACUAUUUAUUUGAACCAAUCAAAAUAAGUGUGCAGAAAAUAGAACGAAAUGCCUCGAUUCAAUUGAUAAAUGGGACAACUAUAUCAACAACCGGCAAUGGAGCAUUCAUGGUCGCUGAAUUUUUACGUGGUUUGUUUACUUGUAAGUUUGACGGAUUCGACAAGGAAGCUUUAAUCAAGCUCAUUGGCACGCAAACCACUACUCCAUUUAAGAUAUGUUUGGGAAAAGGCAAAAGUAACAAGAACGAAACGGUAUUACAAACCUGUCUGAAAGUCUUACAGAAAAAAUGUGAAUCCAGUCAAAUACGUGUAAUUAAGACAAUCCGUGUCAGAAUGAGAACUACUGUUGAUAUUUUGCUGAAAAGUGUUCCUGGUUUGAAAGUGAUUAACUUGUUUCGUGACCAAAGACCACGACUUCUUUCAGCACAAAAGACUCCUCAAAUGUUGGCUCAUACAUUAGAACGAACAGCACGUAUUGAAUGCGCUGAUGCCGCUGAUGACAUUGCUAUUCAGAAAGUGCUGAAAAAACAAUAUCCCGGUCAGGUAGAAACCCUUUUGUAUGAAAGGCUAGCUGAAAAUCCAAUCGGAUUAGCAAAGCACAUAUUUAAUUUCCUUGGUUUGCCAUUAACAAAAGAAUCAACUUUAAGAAUUAAGGAUAUGACAUCUUCGUCGAAAGAGACUCGUUGUGCUUUUUGUACCGAAAAAGGUGAUUCUGCAAAAACCGCGCAUGCAUGGAGAACUGAAAAGACACAAAAUUUCCAAAAAAUCAAAAUGAUAGAGAAGGAAUGUAAAAACGUUCAAAACAUUCUUGGUUAUCUACCGUUAAAGAAUAUAGAACAGCUGAGGAACACUUCAAUUAGUCUAAGAAUUGAUACUCCCUUUACUGCCGAUGUACUCUAGAUGAACAACGAUUAAAACAAGGAAGUACAAAACAUUCGUCAUAAGUAUUCGAUAUCAUCUAGAUGAUACGAAUACCACUUUGAAAACAUACAAGCAAUAGUUUCUGUUACGGCUUGCUAAUGUUUCAUAUUGCAGACAGUACAGUAAUUGUAUGCUUUAAUGAAUAGGGCCAGAUGUUUAGAAAAAAAAUGAUGAUACAAGGAUUGACAAAAUGAUUUCCUUAAAACUAAAUUGUUUUUUAAUUAGAUAUUUAAAUGGACAAACUUGUCUCUGUUAGCUUACAUGUAUAUAUAAAUUGAUGAUUGCAAAAAAACCCGAAGUGCUACAGUACAAAUGUAUGUAGAUCAAGCGUACAUUCGUUUCCGGUAUGGUAUUCAAAUAAUUCCUCACUAUCUCCCUGAACAGCAUAUGGAAGGCCAAUCGCAUGCCAUCCAGAACAGUAAGGGUAAAAUGUCUUGCACAAGGACUCAGCUAUGUAUGAGAGAACGCAUUAGUCAAAUAAUCAUCAUGAAGUAUGAUACUUUAUAUUAUUUCGUGUGAUGUUUUGUGUUGAGAGUAAGCAUUGGUAUGCAAUUGCAUUACGUGUAUAAAACCGAUAAUUUUCAAGAAAAGUGCCAAAAAUGAUAAAGAUGAUGAUGGUAUUGAUAUCCGUAUACACGUAUUCUGUUUAGAGAUAAUAUAUCUGUACAACACAAAUUCUUAAGAUUUAUUUUGUCAUAACAAAUUGGUGCAAAAGGUUAAGACAUUAUGCAUUAUACCGACAAACAUGAUGUAGUGGGCCAAAUGGAAGAUAGCUUCAAAACACCUAAAAACAAAUUAGGAGUUAGAUACGUUAGAGAGAGCAACAUGAAUCAAAUAUAUCAUACAGCUAUUUCGUAGAUCUUAUUUGUUCUCGUAUUGCAAAAUGCUUUAAGAAAGUGUUUUUAUUAUAAAUUCAUAUUUUUUACACUUUUUGAUUGGCUAAAAUAGUGGCACUUCGUUCCCAAUAAAAAGUCAUAUUGGCCGGCCGUACGAAAAAAAAGAGAAGUUUCUAAAAAUAGAUUAAUUAUGAAUUACUUUCCCUUGUAUUGUUCACCAGUAUGAAAUAUCAUGCUUUUGAAACAUUAAAAGCAAUAGCUUUGAUGAUUAGAAUAUUAAAUUAGCGUAAGAACCAUAUAUGUAAACAAUAAGCAGCAGAAAAGUUACAUAAACGUUUUAUUAAUUACAAAUUUCUACUGCAUGCACAAGUUCUACCAACAACAUUAUUACUUACAUAAAUGAUUAGAAUAUAAAAGGUAUAUAGAUAAUUAUUGUAAACUUAAUAAAUAUACUUAACAAGCGUGAUUUAAGCGUGAUUUAAUGAAACCAAAGAAGUCGUUUUGAGCUAAAAAUCACUUGAAAACAAUACCAGGUAUUAAUGAUGAAAGGCAUCAUUUUGGUUUCCUAAGAUGGAUACAGGGGGAACAGAUAAACGAAGUUAUGCUUGUAGAUUUUUCUAAUUCCAUUUGGUAACUUCUUCCAUUUCUGGCAUUCUGAAACCACAAAAUUAUAUCCAUAAAAUUUAGUACGGUGUACGAUCUGUAAAAGAUUGCUUUGGUGUGAUCUGGUGUAUCUGGUAGGAAUAAUCAGACUGCAAAUCGAAAUAAUUUCAUAAAUAUUCUGGAGAAAGAUGAUUUAUACAUAUACACACCAGUGUCCCUCUCUUAAAUUGAUAAAAGUAAUCUAAUGGCAACCAGUUUAAAACCGAAAACAAAUCAACAGAUGAAGUGUCACAUGGAAAAUCUAAAAUCAACCCGACUGUCUCAUAAAAUUGCAUGACACGCGGUAACCUAAUGCUUUAAAUAUUUAAAGUUUAAAAUUAGUUUGCAGUAGAUAAUAGAGGCGCGUCUUGGUUGGCUGGCUUAAUGUUUACAUUACCUAUCAUAUUCAUGUAGCAUACAAUCUGGUAUAAAACUUAGACGGUAACAAAUGUGUGGAGGAGAGUUAAACCUUAAAGAUGACUUCUACUUCCUUGUUAGUAAUGGAAAUCAACGAAUCCGCAAGUCUUAUACUACUGACUUGGAAAUGGAGUUUCUUCUACUAAAUCCUGUCCUACUUAGCUUUUUGCACAGUUUUCAGCAGAUGCACCUGUCCUUAUGCCGUAGUGCGGCGUUCGUCGACUGUCCGGCGUAAACCUUUUCAUUAAGUAACUUCUUCACAAUAACUAAGAGGCCCAGGAUAAGAGAAUUUGAUAAUGGGCUGGUGCUUUGUUGACAGACUGACUCAAGUGGCGGUUGAAUUUUAGUUUGCUGUUAAUCAUUCUACCUAUAUCACUCUCUUAAGUAGUUUUUUUCACACUGUUCACCUGAAGAGAAAUACAAAAGUAUAAUCUUGGUUAAGCUACAGGUGCUCAUUUUCGGGGUUAUCGACGUAUAGAAAAGAGGGGAACUCCGAUUUUUAUAAGGUCUCAGAAUGCGUAUGAUUUAUAGUGUUUUGUUUAUCAACUGACGUCAUAUGAUACUAAAAAUCCCGAAACCGAUCCCGAGCCCUCGUGGAUUUAGCUAGUUAACCAAUAUAUCAAUUUUUGAUUAUUUUGUUUUUAUUUUUAAUGUCAUUUUCGAGUCUCAGACCGAUGUCUAUUUGACAAUGUUGUUGAUGUAUUAUUUUAGUUCCACAGUCUCUGUUUUAGAGGCAGUUAUCGUUAGUUUUACAUAAUCGAAAUAAGCUUCCUGGUCUACUAGAAGACCCAAUCGUUUGUUCUAUAUCAAAGAUUUUAUUUCAAAAGAGCAGUACAUUUUUGUACUUGAUUUGUGUUUUCCAAGUUCAGCUGAUGUUCAGCUGAUGUUAAUAGAUACCGUAAGCUCGAAGCUGAAUGUUAUAUUCACAGUUGUACAGUGCUCGAUGAAAACUCGGGCAGCACGUGCAGAACCCCAUAACAUUUCCUACAACGAUAUCUGACCGGAUGGCAUAUUUUAAACGCCUUUUGUGUUUGCUUAUCAAGAUAUGUUCUUUUAUCCUAGACACGAUAUUUAUAUGUGUAUUACAUUUCAAAACUCAUGAAAACAUUGACAAUAACUGUCUCCAUCUGACGAUCACAGAGACCUGAGAAUUUUACAGUCUAUGUGUAUUUAGACCUUCCCUAGUAUGUAUAGCACAUUUUCAGACGUUUUGCGGGCUAGGUUAAAAUUCGGUUAUAAUGACCCCCAUAGUGUUCAUUAUUUGGAGGUUAUGAACACCAGGGUGUUAUUUUUUUACCGAAUUUUUUGUCUCUUUCGAGCUUAAGUUACAGAAUAUAGUAAAAUAAAGUUUCUUGUAUCUUGUUACUAUGAAUUGAUCUUUUAUAAUAUAAUUAUAUACAAUUGAUACUUUUGAUUUUAAAAGUGUCAUUAUUAUCUAUGUAUUAUCUAUUUGUUUCGAUGAUAAUCUGACAAAACGACAACUAUUUUUGCGACAUGUAUAUUUGAUCCAGUUAAACACUUAAAGGUGGGGCUUCCAGCAAAGUAAUCGAUGAUGCAGUUGCCUAAUUAAAUAAUCUAAAAUGAUUAAAGUAAGAACACAAAUUGUCACAAAACAGAUUAUUAUUUAUUUAACGAAUUUGGAAAGUUUUAACCAUAACCUAAAUUCCAAAAUACUAAACCAGUAAGUAUACCGCCGAUUAUAUUCAUAUCUUAAGCAUUUUUGGGGAAAAACGUGAUUUUUGACACUUUGUAUUUUUAGUUCAUUGUAAGUCCAUAUUCAGUCCAUCCAAAAUUAUUUAGCGUAUAGAGAGAUUCAUCACUUACCCUCAUCCUGCCCAAAGAUAAAAACUUUACCAUUUGUGCAAAGUGUUGAUUUUUGGCUUUGAUGUGCGUCACCCCGAUGACUUGUUGAACGAUAGUGGACAUAACAGACAACCCUGUCACACUCCAUACCUUAAUAUACCUUUUCUAAUAUAUUACAACAAACAGCAUGCAUAUAAGUAAUGUCGAUAUAUGUAGACACGUAUUUAACUAUCGCUGUUAAAUAUAAUCAGGACGCUAAUUAAUACAAUAUAUUACAUAAGCGAUAAUGACUAAACAAAUCUUGCAACAAUAUAUCCCAUCUACUCCAAUCUGCAUUUUCUUCACAUAAAUGUAUCCAAGUUUAAUGUCAAUCCCUUCUCACGAAGUGUUUGUAGGAGUUUAUCCAAGUUCUGGUUGUGUUCCCUCUGUGACGCUCCAUGUACAACACUGUCGUCAAAUACACUGUUGACACCUGGACAAUCUCUCUGAACCUGUUGUAUAAUUUUAUUAUACAACUCCGGGGCACAACUAAUGCCAAACACCUCCGUGAAGUUGAUUACUUAUUCCUUAUUUCAUUACUUAUUCGAUUCAAUCAUUACAUAUUCUUUACUUAUUCCUUAUUCCAUUACUUAUUCGUUUCUCUUUACUAAUUAACACUUUAAACGGUUCAAAACUAAUUAUUAAGCAUUCCCAAUGCUCAUUCCACCAUUCCAUUCCUUAUCCAUACCUAACUACUUGUUCAAUUCCGCUAUUACUUAUUUAAUUCCUUCAUAACUUAUUCGAUUUCUCUUUACUUAUUAACACUUUAAAUGGUUCAAAACUUAUCAUUAAGCAUUCCCAUCAUCCAGUCGACCAUUUCAUUCCUUAUCCAUACCUUAUUACUGAUUCAAUUCCUUCAUUACUUAUCAGGCCCCACGCAGGUAAUACAUCGGUGAGUUAAGAAAUUUGAUCACUUUUGCCAAUGGGGAAAAGCGAGUGUGCGCAUGUGCUAGGAUCAGUAACUUCCGUGAAAAGGUCAGUUAAAUAUCCGAAAGGGCAUGCAUGCAUCGGCAGCAUCUUUUGCCGAUGUGGGGGAAAAUCUCCAGUGAAAAGAUUUAUAGCGGAUCAGAUUGUAAGAACUCUUCGGACUAUUUAUAAUUAAAUAUCUGAAAGGACAUGCUUCAGUUUAACUGAUAUUAAACAGACCGACAAAACCUGACACUAACCGCAUUCAUUAUAAAGCUGGAGCAGCCCAGGUAUUGUUUUAUCGCCGAAUGUCCUAUCAGCACGGAAUUUAUUACUAGGCUAAAUAGCACAAAGCAGUUCUUAGCUGUACCGGCGAUCUCCCUUGGUGACCCCAUCCCGAAAAACAAAUAGUUUGGCUGAGAUAAAACAGGGACGCUGAUAAAUUUGGUCUGGUCUAUACCAUGUCUGACCUUGGUCUGGUCUAUACUAUGUCUGACCUUGGUCUAGUCUCUAUUAUGUCUUGAAAGGAUAGAUAUUUGAUAGAUAAAUUUACAAGACAUCCUAUUUUGAAUCCUUGCUAUGGUUUAAUUGUAUUGCUUUUGAAAGUUUUCCUCAUUUCUCUGUGCAUAUUGAUCAACCUUGUGAUUAAGUGUUUUAUAAGAAAAUUUUGUCAAAUAUGGAAAGGAUUUUUUGUUGUUGACAACAUUGGAUACAUAUAGAUCUGAUGCUAUUCUAAAACAAACAAAAAAUAACAUUAGAAAUAUUUGUAUUCAAACUAACUUCUUUGAACCAAUGUUAAACUUGGAUGCCAUAAACACUUAAUCAUAUCGAUGUAUUUGAAAAACAUAUUAUAGAAAUAAAACACUACUUUCAUUUA